AUGGAGAGGCGGAGCAUCGGACCUGUGUCUCUGGCAGGGAAGCCGCUCCUCGUGGGCUCACGCCACCAGCCGCACAUCGCCAACGAUGCGGCCCUGAAGGGCUUCACGAAUAUCGUGGACCGGGACCACUUCUGCAUUGCUUCGGAGGGUGGCGUCUUCUGGCUCCUAUGCCUCACGAGCAAGGGCCUCUGGCGCGUCCGGGAGGGAGUGGAGCCCCAACGCCUGAUUCUCGACGACCUCGCCUCCUUGCAACACGGCGACGUCGUCGUGCCGAGGCUGGGAUCCGAACUCAGCGUGGAACAGUGCUGCCGCACCCUCUCCUGGCGCUUCACAGUGCUCCUGGAGCCCAGCUAA